CAGUGGUCGCAUUGAGCUGUGGAGGUCAGACGUAAAACCCUCCCCCUCUGGUUUAGAGGCCCAUCCUGGAUUUUCUCCCCUGCUAAUCACGGGCCCAGGGAUCAGCUAGCUUUAAGAUUGGAAUCUUUAUUAUCCUUUUAGAGAUGCAGCCAUAAUUCUGCAGUGUGUGCACAGUGAUGAAAGCGAGGUACCCGUGGGAUCAUGUUACCAAUACGCUGACAUUGCCAGUAAUGAUUGUUUUCACUGUGUGCAGUUUACUGAUGGUCCAAUGUAAGAUGACAUAAUAACUGAGCAACAUCUUACGCUUGCUGCAGAAAUAACUAGAAGAUUUAUGGCUGGUGUUUGACAACAUGCACCACCACUGGCUGAUGCUGGUUGCAUGUUUGUGGGUUCUCUUCAUACUGAUGGUCGCUAGCAAGUUUAUCACCCUCACAGUGAAGCAACCUGAAGGUUAUGGAACUAAGCAAGGAUUACAAACCAUUUUACCUGAAAUAGAAAAAACAACUGUGACCGAAGUGAGGAAUCUGCAGAUUGACAGCCAGCCAACUGCAAGGUCUCCAAAGGAUUGGAAUCGCACAAAUCUUAUCCACAAGGAGCGUCUUGAUCUGCUUAGAAGCGUCUGUAGAAAUGAGUCCAUUCAUAAUCAGUCCCACUCUGUCAUCUCCAAGUUUGUACUGGACCGAAUUUUUGUUUCUGAUAAACACAAGAUACUGUUUUGUCAGACCCCCAAAGUUGGAAAUACCCAAUGGAAAAAAGUUCUCAUUGUUUUAAAUGGUGCAUAUUCUUCAGUUGAGGAAAUUCCUGACAUUGUGGUCCAUGACCAUGAGAAAAAUGGACUUCCUCGGCUUUCUUCAUACAGCGCACCUGAUAUACAAGAAAGACUGAAUUCAUACUUCAAAUUCUUCAUUGUAAGAGACCCUUUUGAAAGGCUUAUUUCUGCUUUCAAGGAUAAGUUUGUUCACAAUCCUCGUUUUGAGCCCUGGUAUAAGCAUGAAAUUGCUCCAGUCAUCAUUCGCAAGUAUAGGAAGGACCGGAGAGUCUCCAGAGGGGGGAUGCAGUUCCAAGACUUUGUGAGAUACUUGGGAGACCCAAAUCAUAGGUUUCUUGAUCUGCAGUUUGGUGAUCAUAUAAUUCAUUGGGUGACUUAUGUGGAGCUUUGUGCACCAUGCAACAUUAAUUACAGUGUCAUUGGACAUCAUGAAACUCUUGAGGAAGAUGCGCCAUACAUUCUGAAGGAAGCAGGCAUUGAUAAGUUGGUAUCCUUCCCUGCUAUACCUCCAGGAAUCACGCACUACAACAAAUCCAAGGUUCAGAAUUACUUCUCUAAAGUCUCCAAAAGGGAUAUCAAGCGCCUUUAUGCAAGAUUUGAAGGUGAUUUUAAGCUUUUUGGAUAUAAGGAGCCAAUAUUUUUGUUUUAGUGACAUUUUUGACUCACUGAGGGUUUACAUUUUUCAGUGACAUAACUACUGAAUUCCUUUAUCUUCCCUGCCUGAAAAUAAAUUGUAUUUACAUUACAGUGUUGCUGCUGGGUCCUUUUCUGCGUUUCAACCGUAAGUUUUGCACUUGACCCAGUUGUGACUGUGGCACUGCUCUGUUAUGAUUAUUUUGGACUGUGUUAACUAAGACCCAAAAGUCAUACUUGGGAUGGGAAUUAACAUUUUUGUCUUGUUAAAACACAAAUGUUGCUUUACAUAUUCUUAAGGAGUAAGUGAACAAAGGCUCAUGAUAUGAUAACACUGGAAUCUUACUAGCAAUAGCCACAUUACUGAUGCAGCCGUUUGACAUUACAGUGCUAUUGCUAUGUGUUUUCAUUUCUUAUAUGUGAUCAAAAAUAUUUUUUUUUAAGAAAAAACAAAAAAACUUUUUUUUUUUUUGUAAGUAUUCUGACAUAAUUGUCUGCUAAUAUGUGUAUGGUCACGCAGCAAAUACUGAAUUCAUUAUUUGCCUUUUGUAAUUAACUUUGCAAACAUGAGAACAUGGACCUCAAUUUUAAAUACUGUGUAUUUAUACUUGAGUAAUUUUGUUAUUAUUGGAAGUUUUAGGUUGACCUGAUUUUGUCAGACAAUUUGGAACUUGUGUUUUGGGCACUUUAUAAAUGAACUGUUGUGGGGGCAUAGCAUUUAAUGAAAAUAGCACAAGCAGCAGAGAUUUAUGAUAUUUUGAUUAUAUUAUAUAUAUUGCGUGACAUAAAGCCUAGAUUGUCAACAUUAAAACAAAACAAAAUAAAUAACUUGAUAUUGUUUUCUUGCUAAACAAAAAAGCUGCUGUAGUAAAAUUGUAUAACAUGUUACAGUAUGCCAGCUCCAACAUUGCAAUAAACUGUAGCAUUUCAGCAU